AUUGAAGCAAAAUUUGCAUCACCAAAUGAGACAAAGAGGGGGAAACAUACCUUGACAGUGGCUAUGCAGGUGAUGGUAUCGAAUAGUUGCAAUUGGGCACGUGACAAUGUUACCAAAAGAAUGGGGAAGAUAGAAUGGACGGGGAGAUUAGGCACCAGAGAUAGGGAGGCAUGGGGAGAGAGUGAGGAGAAGGGAAAAACAGAGUAUGAUCUGAAGAAGAGGGAGUGA